AUGAACACUGCACACGAACAAAACCAAUCAGACGACGAUUCCAGAAUCGAUGAAGAAUCGUCACCGUCAGGAAGCCGAUCGUGCGGAAACGAUGAAAGCCAAACCACAAAGUCCAACAAACAAACCAACCAUACGGCGCCGUCCUCCUCUUCCGCUACAUCUUCUACCGGUCGUCCACGGGCAGCAAGUCGUACGAGUUCGGGAAUGACAAGUGAAGAGCAGGAAUUGAAACGUGUUUCAGCGAAAAAGCUUAUCGAGCGCUAUUUCUACCAGCUGAUGCAAGGCUGUGGUAAUCCGAAAUGUUGCAACAAAAACUGUGCCUCAAGCGGAAAAGUCGGACGUUUAACACCGAAUGCGGCCGCUGCCCGGGCCAUCCAUCUGUUCUCCCAGGAAGCUGAUUUGUGCUACGAGACCCAACCCUCGAAAGUAGCUAAAACGGAUAAUCAUCAUAAUGCGGCCUGCAGUAGCGCUUCCACUCUUUCCUCGUCCAUUGCUCAACGGACAAAUGAGUCCCAGUCUUCGCUUGGGCGCGAUUCUAGUCCAACGGUAAAUCCGUCAAAUAUGCGCUGGGAGGAGAGAAGUAAAGAAAACAAAAAUGUCGAAGAAAUGGAUGUGGCGUACGACAACUCGGCUUUUGAUUUAGGCUCGAUGGAAGAGGACGAUAGCAAGCCGUACCCAGCAGAAACUAUGGACUCUAGGAACAGUCCUUUUGGCAGCAAUAGCCACAGUACUGUACAUAACCAAAUGGAACCUCAUUCUGCGGCCGGUGUACCAGUGUCGAGCAGUAAACAUAAUUGCGCUAGCAGUAGUAGUAGUAGUAGUAGUAGUAGUAGCAACACAAAAUCAAAGACAGAGGAAGUACAAUAUCUUGAUGAGCGCAUGUUGCAGGAGUUGACUGAACGAUGCACCCAGGAAGGAUCGGACGCACCGUUGAUCCGCACGGUGGGUGCAGUGUUUUCCUCCUAUCGUGGCUUGGCCGCAAGUUUCCAGUUUUGUCCGGCAUCGUCCAGCAUUGAAAAGAUGCUGGCACGGGCUCCGGCAGGAGAUUUGCGCAACAUAAAAAAGGAAGAUUUACGAUCGCUCGAGGGUGAUCUUGAUAAGGAUGAAGACAGUAAAGCUCCCAUAAAGUCAGUUCCGGAUGUACCGGAUUCUGCUCACACUACGGUCGAUGUAGCGUCGCUUCGGCGGUCACUGAAGGCACUGUACGCCACCCGUCCAGUCGUAUUCGGUCCGAUCAAUAAUGCUCUCGAGCUGCUUGGCGAAUCGCUGUCGAAGGAUCUGCGUAUUGGGCUUCCCACCACCGAAGAGUUAGAAUCGUUUGUGACGGUGUUUGUGAUUGCGUUUGAAACACUGCUCGUUGGGGCGGUUGAUUGCCUGGAGGGUUCGUUCCCGCGCAUUUGCACCGCUGUGGCUCGGUUACCCGUAUGGGCACAGUGCCGACUGGUGCGCAUUUGGGCGGAACACUGCAAGGAUAGCAUCCAUCCGUUGGUGCAACAGCUGCAGCAACUGAUAACCGUCUCAACGCUUUCGAUGAACACCUCGUACCAGGUGGUACGAAUAAAUGAAAACGAAGUUGUCUGCAAUGCUACCAAAGUUAUGAAGCUGGUUUAUUAUGCCAACAUUUUGGCUGGGGAGCUAGAACCAAAGCACUAUCGUGAGUUGGACCUGCGAGAUACGUCGCUACCAACCUACACAUACCUUUCGCUGAUACCCGAGGACGACGAUCUGCAGAUGCUCGAUACGGAGGGACAGCCGCGCCAGAAGAAGCUUGAGGAUCCUUUGAUAGCGGAGUUGGACGUAAAUCCACUCGACUGCCGAAAACCACUGGUGCCAUACGAGGAGUUCUACAACGAGAUGCUCUGUGAUGUGAUGGAAGUGGAUUACGAUUAUAUGGCGUACAAGAGUAUCGCAUCGGCCGAAAGCGGUGGAACGUCAACGCUCGGAACGGAUCCAUCCAAGCUGUUUAGCUUCAUACACUACUCGUUUGUCAUGACGCCUACGACGAAAACGCUGGCCCUCUACUUCGAUUCACGCAUUCGCAUGUUCUCCGAACGGAGGCUUAGCUUUCUGCAGCGUCAGCGGCAACGCCAGCUGCAUCAGCUGACCAAUAGUAGUGACCUACAACCGGUAAAUCCGUAUCUCAGUCUAAAGAUUCGCCGUGACCAUAUCAUCGAGGACGCGCUGGUCGAGCUGGAGAUCAUUGCCAUGUCGAACCCGAAGGACCUGAAGAAGCAGCUAGUGGUGGAGUUUACUGGCGAACAGGGCAUCGAUGAAGGCGGUGUAUCGAAGGAAUUUUUCCAACUUAUCAUCGAGGAGAUCUUCAACCCUGACUACGGCAUGUUCAUGACGAACGAAGAUUCCAAUACGGUGUGGUUCAAUCCGGUCUCGUUCGAAAACGAAGCACAAUUUACGCUGAUAGGUAUCGUGCUCGGAUUAGCGAUUUACAACAAUAUUAUCCUUGCCGUUAACUUCCCUAUGGUGGUCUAUCGGAAGUUGAUGGGGAUGAAGGGAUCUUUUCUAGAUUUGAAAGAUCUUAAUCCGGUACUAUUUAAUAGCUUAAAGUCGCUUCUGGAUUAUGCGGAAAACGACAUGGAGGAAGUUUUCAUGCAAACAUUCAACAUCGGCUAUCGAGACGUGUUUGGAUCCGUGCUCGAGUACGAGCUGAAACCGGACGGUGACAAAAUAUUUGUCACACAGGAUAACAAGCAAGAGUUUGUGGAACUGUACAGCGACUUCAUGCUGAAUAAAAGCAUCGAGAAACAAUUUAACGCAUUUAGGCGUGGAUUUCAAAUGGUUACGGACGAAAGUCUGUUACAUCUGCUGUUUCGCCCGGAAGAGGUGGAGUUGAUCGUGUGUGGCAGCAAGGAGUUUGAUUUUGAUGAACUCGAACAGUCCACCGAAUAUCAGGGCGGUUUUACCGUCGAGUCCCAAACUAUCAAGGACUUUUGGUCCAUCGUACAUGGACUGUCAAUGGAGGUGAAAAGAAAGUUGCUACAAUUCACCACAGGCUCCGAUCGUGUUCCUGUUGGCGGGCUUAGUCGAUUGAAGCUGGUAAUAGCCCGUAAUGGUUCGGACAGUGAUCGGCUGCCAACCAGUCACACCUGCUUUAAUGUGCUGCUGCUUCCUGAGUACGAAUCGAAGGAAAAGCUCGAGGAACGAUUGCUUAAAGCAAUUAAUUAUUCGAAAGGCUUCGGGAUGCUGUAA